GUGGUCACAACAGUCUCAGAGCCGUCCCAGCAAGCGAAGUCCUUACAGUGCUACUGCGAGGGCGAAGACCAAGUUGCAAGCGGUCAAGUUCACACAAACCUGUUCCUUUUUUCUUUUUUCUUUCUUUUUUUUUCUCUCCAUAGAUUUGCCAUCUCUUCAGAGUUCAGACCAUGUCGCUACUAGCAGAGAACGGCGCAACUGCUGUCGGCCCUUCUCAACCAUCAGGUGCUGCUGUGGAAUGCUUUAUCGGACGUGUCGAUACACCCGACCCCAAAGAUCUUCCUAGUUCUGUUCUCCCCGUGCCGCGAGGCGACUCGGUACCUCGACCAUUCGUCAUGUAUUCUCGUUUUCAGCUUCUCUCCCUCCACAAAUCUCCCUUGGUAAAGAUUCCAGAUGGCAUGCCCCUACUGAAGGACUGGUUUGGGAUCGACAACGAGCAAAGUAUCUCUAAAAAGGAUUCUGAGAUAUCGAUGGGCUCUGGUAACGCUCGAGAUAGGCGAUUCCGUCGUGAUGCAGACGACGGCGGUCAAAAUAGACCAUCAUUUCGGGGAACCACCGUCACACAACCAUCUCAAAUGGGCAACUUCAAACACCAGUCUAUCCGUACUGCAGAACGCGAGCGAGAAAGAGAAGUCGACAGGGAACAAGACCGAGAUUCGAAAGUUAAAGAGGGACAUGAACGGCUGCGCAAUUUGUCUGACAAGUAUGACCGCGACCGGCGUGCAAUCUCCUCACUCUCUCAGCUACGGUCCAAAGAUCGUGAAGUUACCCCUCACCUUGCCAACUCUGGGUCGCGUAUCGCUGCGCAAGGCCAGCAAGUGCUGAGCGCACGUACCACUGAUGGCCGAGAGUCCUCCAAAAAGAAAGAUGGAGAAUCCACGGAAGAUUGGCGAAGAGGUACGGAAUCGUCUCGUCCUGCAAGGGAACGACCCGAGAGCGGCCGUAGGGAACGAGAAGAUCGUGAGCGUGAUCGCGAAAGUCCCCGCUCUAGAGUACGGGAUUCCUCCAGAAUGCGAAGAGAUGGCGACCGGGAGAGUGAUAAGCGGACUGAUCGCGAGGAUCGGCUUGGAGAUGUAGGUUACCGGAGGGAUCUGGACGACCGUGACAAGGGUUACGAUCGGGAAUCCGAAGCGGACGAUCCCAGGAGGUGGAGGGACGAUGGCAAGAGAGAGGAGCGACUGGCUGCCAGGCGUGAACGGGAAUACCGCGAAAGAGAGCGCGAGAGGUCGGCUUGGGACGGGAAAUGGGUAGCUGAUGACCGUGAUAAUCGGGGCAAAAGGGCAAACGGUCGGGAGCGAAGGGUCGGCGACGACACCAAAGAUCGAGACGAGCGCAAAGACCGUGAACGGGAGAAAGAACCUGCGUGGAUGGAUACGUAUAUUCCAAGUAGCAGUGGGAGUGGUUUCACUAUGCAGCGCCCCGACGGUGAACUUGACGGCAUCCAAGCCUUCAAGAAGGAGCUCCGAGAGAAAGAACAGAAAAAUCAAGUUCCAUCGAGCGACGGCGAGCCUCUUCCCGACUCCUCCCCCAAAACUGAGUUGCCGGUCCCGGAACCCGAAACCCAACUAGACGAAAUCCAGCUUUUCAAGUUAAUGAUGAGACGAGAAGAAGAAAAGAGAAAUACAGACAUUCCUGUAGCAUCAUCGCCCCGUCCCCCUGAGACUAUCGCGGAGAAUGCAUCAUUGUCCAACAAGGAUAGCAAUUUUGAAGUAGCUCAAGAAUCCAAGAGCGACUUUGCUACGUAUCUCUCCACCUCGUCGAAAAGAGGUACACCUUUACUGAGCGUUACAUCAACCGACGAAGCUGCCAGUACUGUGUCCAGGCCGCUGCUUGUCCCUGACUCUGUUUCUUCUUCACCUUCCGUUAUCACAAGUGGCAACAGGCAAGAACCCCUUGAGAACCCGUCUUCUGUAAAUUCUAGGCUUUUCCAAGCCCAUGCAAAUUCCGAGUUGGCAUCUCUUCAUGACAAUGUGAAGCUGGCCACGGAUGUUUCUACAGUUGCAAGUCAAGAUGUCCCAUCCAACAAUGCAGUGGGAUCUAGAUUACUUGCUCUGGCAUCCCGGUCUUUACAGAACCCCAUUGGGCCGCCACGGUCUGCUGCUAUGCAAAGCCCGGUAUCGUUUUCACAGAAGAAUAACCUCGUUCGGAUGAAUAUGCCUGCAGGCGCCGCAGCAAAUCACAUACACGCUCUCGGUGACAUCCCAGCACAAAAUCCACCUCAGUCAGAGGUCUUAUCAUCUCUCAGCGGGUUUUAUCCUUUCGAUGAGCAUCGAAACGGGACGCCCUCGUCAGAUGCUAUGUUCCGUCAUCCGCUGGGACAGGCCAUCACCGAACAGGUAUCCGUGACGGAAACUGGAGCUGGUCUUCCUGGUAAUACCUCAGGCCCGCCGUUAGAUUGCGUUAACUUCGGACCUGCAGCGGCGAAAGGCAGUCGAUUCGCCAAAUUCUUCGACGGGAAGAGAGAGAAUCAACCCCCGCCUCCGAAAGGGUUUGCGGGUAAUUCAGGCCCUGCUUCCCAGAAGGCGGACAUGGGUGUCCUACACCCGCCUAGCAACGCGGACGCCAAAGCAAUGGAAGACAUUUUUGCGAUGCUGAACAAUUCAGCCUAUGCUCAGAGGCUUAAUUCUGUCCCCGAAAUGCCAAACCUUGAUCAUCUAGGGUCGCAACCUACUAAUCUUCACCCUCUACAACCUCCCCAACCCCAACCACCCACCCACGCGCGCCCAGACUCUCUAUACGAUAGCCUUUUAGAUGACAGAAACUUUGUACCAGAUGGGAUGGUCCCUGGUCUCCGGUCUUUGCCACCUCCCCGUAUCCGCCAGAACGCCGCAGUGUUCUCGGAUGUCCAGGAUGAUCCUUCACAAUUCAAUGUUCAGCGAGGCUCCGCGCAGAUGUAUCAAGGUGCCAUACCAUCUAUUCAUCUACCCCAUACCAAUGUAGGGAGGAGCGGCACUCUCCCUGUGCAAAAUACUCAGCACCGUGGCGGACCGUCACCUAACCCUCUCGCUCCCGCACAGCGCUUGCCCCCUGGCUUGGCUAACCUUGGUGGACGACCUCCCCACGAUCCCAACCCGUUCGUCAACACUUCCAUUGGUCUUGCAAACGGCAAUAUUCACGGUGGCCUGCAUGGCAACGGGCCAGCUCAGCAGCCUUUCACUAACUAUCAACAAGCUGCUAGCCUAGGCUUCAGUAGCGGUCCUCAAGUACGUAUGCCCCACCCCGUGCACCAGUUGCAGGGUGCACUUGUGCACAACCCGUUGCAAGGACUCAUUCAUCCUGCCAACCUGGGGACAAGUCAUGCACAGCUGCUUGGUCUCGGGGGAGCUGGUGGAUAUCCUGGCGGUUUGCGAGGGCCGAACGCCGGCUUUGGACAAGGGCCUCAAGGACAGCCAGCCACACAUCAACCACAGCAGAUUCCUCCACACAUGUUACCUCUUCACUUCCAGCCGCAAGGUCUGGGCGCUGCUAACAACCAACCUGCUCACGAUCUGAUGUCACUUUUGAUGAGUGGUGGCCGUAGGGUUGAGUAACGAACUUGUUGGCUCUUCUGCCAUAGCUUCAGGACUACCGUAACCUCUGUUUCCAUUUACCUGUCGUCGGAUCACGCUGGACACGUUGACGUUCUUUAUCGAUAUUGUGUUUCGACUGCUCGUUCCACUUUUCUGACUCACUCUCCAGUCGUACUUAUAUAUGAUCUAGUACAGUUUGUUACGCAGGAGUAACGUUUCUUUGUACAUCCAAACUGCGAGCGAUCUAUAGUUCUACACGUUCUAAACCUCUCCAAAUGGGGCGAAGUUCACUGUGCAGCCGUGCAUCUCUCAUGGUCAGAUGCUGCAAGUGUGAAACUAUGGAACUAUCUUGGCUGGCGAAUCCCAAGCGGUUCUAGUGGCUCCCGCGGCUUGAAACCGGUA